CUCAGCAUUUUGAAUCCACCGCUGGCACCGGCUCCAGCGCUUACCAGCUUACACUGACAGCGGCUCAGUCAUCCAAGAAUAUCUGGGGCACUUUCCCUGUUAUUUUUGUAAGGUUGUUCUUUCUGAUCGUUUCAGGAGGUCAACAUGGAUCGUCGGGCAUUGAUCCUGUUUGGGGUCCUUCUCGGGGUUGCGGCAUGGGCUGCCGUUCCUGUGUCGGGUGCUGGAGACGGGUUCGGAAGAGGUGUGGGAGCGCAAACAGAGGCCCGUGUCCAGUAUGUCAGCAAGAAGUCCGGCGUUGCCGCCACGCGCUCAGACGACGACACUGAAGAGUUUGAACUAGCAGGGGGAGACCUUCCUGACGAGGAGGACUCGCUGCCUCGCAAGCUUCCAGCCCAGGGGGGUGCGACGAAGGCUUUGUCCAGGCUGCCGGUCAGCCCCCUGAGGAAGGAGCGGCGCGUUCUGGUGACUGGGGGGGCUGGCUUUGUGGGGAGCCAUUUGGUGGAUAAGCUGAUCAAGCGUGGGGACUCGGUCAUCGUCAUUGACAACUACUUCACUGGCCGCAAGGAGAACGUGCUCCACCAUCUGGGCAACCCCAAGUUCGAGCUCAUCCGCCAUGACGUCGUCGAGCCCAUCCUUCUCGAGGUCGACGAGAUCUACCACCUGGCGUGUCCCGCCUCCCCCGUCUUCUACAAGUUCAACCCUGUCAAAACCAUAAAGACCAAUGUGAUGGGGACGCUCAACAUGCUCGGUUUAGCAAAGCGGGUUGGCGCCAAGUUCCUGCUAACCAGCACGAGCGAGGUGUACGGGGAUCCCUUGGAGCACCCCCAGACGGAGGCGUACUGGGGCAACGUGAACCCGAUCGGCGUCAGGAGUUGCUACGACGAGGGGAAGCGCACGGCGGAGACGCUCACCAUGGACUACCACAGGGGGGCGGGAGUCGAUGUGCGCAUUGCGCGUAUCUUCAACACUUAUGGGCCCCGCAUGCUCAUUGAUGACGGGCGUGUCGUCAGCAACUUCGUGGCUCAGGCGAUUCGGAAGGACCCCAUGACCGUCUAUGGGGACGGCAAGCAGACCCGCAGCUUCCAGUACGUCUCGGACCUGGUGGACGGCCUGGUCGCCUUGAUGGACGGCGAGCACAUCGGCCCCUUCAACCUGGGCAACCCCGGGGAGUUCACCAUGCUCGAGCUCGCCGAGGUCGUGAAGGAGGUGAUCGACCCCCGGGCCCAGGUGGUGUACCGCGAAAACACGGCGGACGACCCCCACAAGCGCAAGCCUGACAUCACCAAGGCCAAGACGCUGCUUGGCUGGGAGCCCAAGAUUGCUCUUCGCGACGGGUUGCCCCUCAUGGUGGAUGAUUUCAAGGAGCGGCUGGGUGUCCAGUAGGAAGUUAAGUAGACGGUCGGUUUGGCGUGAUUUGGGCGCCUUUGUUUGUCAGUUCAUGUUCGUGACCUGCACGAGAAAGUUUGCAUAUGUGCAGUAGCGUCUAAAAGUAGCGGGCAAGGGACAAGCAUGAAACAACGUGAUCAGCAUAGCUGUGAAAACGUCGUGAAAAGGUGUACAAAUAUGUCCCACAUGGCCGCAGCCCUUCUAUCCCAGCUGCCAAUUGUGUCACUCGUUAAAGUGAUGGCUGGGAAACUCGUCUGAAGUUUCGAUCUCAGUUCUGGAACACCCUCUAUCAUUUGACGAGGAGAAUGUGGC